AUGCUGGGCAGACAAGUGCUGCGGGCAGUGCCGUGCUUGUCGGCGAGCACGAGGCGCUUCGCGGCCUCGGCAUCGCAGGCCAAGACCGGAGGAUCAAGUGGCAAUGAGAGCAAUUUUUCCCGAUACGCUGGUAUGGCGUUCUUCGGCGCUGUGACGGCGACGACCGCCUACCUGGGGACGUGGCAGACCCAGCGCUACUACUGGAAGGUGGAUCUGAUCAAUGAACGCACGAAGGAGCUGUCCGAGUCUGUUGCAGAGCUGCCGAAGGACGCAACAGCCAGCGAUGAUAUUGAUGACAUUGAAUAUCGUCAGCUUCGCCUUGAGGGUAACUUCAAGGUUGGAAGCACCUUCUACUUGUAUCCUCGCUCGGCCCCUGCGGAUCCCAGUGAUUCAGUGGCAAGAGUGAAAUCCGGCGGCUACAUUUAUUCGCUGUUGCAGCGUGAGGAUGGGACGCCGGUAAUCGUGAAUCGAGGGUGGCUUCCGCGUAAGCUCCUUGAUGAGCACAUGACACGUGACAAGAAGGAGGAGGACGGCAAGGUGUCUUUUGUCGGCGUGCUUCGUCAUGGUGAAGUGAAAAACUAUUUUACACCUGACAAUGAUCCCGAGAAUCGCCAAUUCUUCUACUUGGACCACGAAGAGCUGUCAAAUGCCAUGGGCGUCACCUCAACCGAUUUGCCUGUCAUUGUUGAUGCCCUCGCGGUUGAGAAUAAGGCUGGAGAAAUUUCGCCAGACAACCCUCUCCGAAAGAGCAUUGCUUCGUACCUCGAGUUCUACAUGACUCCUGAGAAGCAUGCUGGUUAUGCCGCGACGUGGUUUGGUUGCAGCAUCGCGGCAGCAGUCAUGGGCAUUCUGCGUUUCAAGAAGGGGGGUGUCCGCGCUCGACGCGCUCCGAGAUUCGAACACCGCUAA